UCUAAGUGAAUCAUGUGCGCCCAAAAUUACAUUUAUGAAAUCUAAAGAUAUUUUUGUUUUUCCACGAAAGAGUGCUAUUAAGAAAUACCCUAAAUCUACCCUAGCCUACACGGCAGAAAAAAUUGUAUCCAAAUUCAACGUAAAAGACAAAAAGCCCCGAUUAUGAAUUCGGUGCAUGCACCGCAAGCCAAUCACGAUUCAAUCUUGUCUUGAAGGGUGCGGAUAGCAUUUACCAAGAGAAAUUGCCUUGCCUCUCGAAUUCAAUUUCUACCUAGAACAAUUCUAUUUCCCUCAAUGUUGAUUCCUAUCCCCUUUUGAUCCAACUUCAUUGAUUAUCCCUCAGGUACAUCAUACUGUAUCAGAUUCUGAUUUUCUCCUUCAGAAUCUAAGAUUUUGAUCCAAUUUAUCACUUUUUCUAGCUGGUAGGUGAUUAUUUUCUAGAAUAGCGAAAUGGGUAUUGAUGAUUUUUCGAUUAGAAAGGGUUUUUGAUUUCUGGGUAUAGUAGGUUUGAAGUCUCACUAUUUAUUGUAUGAGGGUUUUGGUGGUUCAUAGAUAUGGGUUCAAAAGAUGUGGAUAGUAAAGCAUGGAAAUGGGGUUUAGGUUUGGUAUAUAUAAUAGCUGUUGCAAUAAUAUGGAUAGCUGCUAGCUUUGUAGUGCAAUCUGUUGUAGAUGAUGGUGUAUCACCAUUCCUUGUUACUUACAUAUGCAAUUCUUUGUUCGUCGUGUUGCUUCCGAUUGUUGAGAUCGGGAGGUAUUUCGAGGAUUCUUAUGGAGGUUUAUGGUUUUGGAAGAGUGGUAAGAGGAAAACACAUUUGGAAAGGAAGUUAGGGGAGUCGGAACAGACUAUACUUCUUAGAGAUAACGAAGCGAGCGGUGAAUUGGUUGUUGAAGCGGUGGACGUGGUUGAAGAUAGGAGCGACGGUUCUGAAUUGGUUCCUUCUGGUAAUGUAGAAGGAGGAUUGGUUGGUCAGGUUUCUUUGAUUGAAAAUGUUGAUCAAAGAGGGUUGGAUGAGAAAGGGCGUUGGACUCGUUGCAGAGUUGCUAAAGUUAGUUUGUUGAUAUGCCCGUUUUGGUUUUUCGCUCAACUCACUUUUAAUCUGUCGUUGAAGUAUACUACAGUUACCUCAAAUACAAUCUUAAGCAGUGCAUCCAGUCUUUUUACCUUCUUGGUUUCCCUAGCUUUUUUGGGUGAGAGGUUUACAUGGUUAAAGCUCUGUAGUGUUCUUCUUUGCAUGGGAGGAACAAUAGUUGUAAGUCUUGGUGAUUCAAAAUCUGGUUUAAGAACAGUUGCAUCAAAUCCUCUUCUUGGAGACAUUUUUGCUCUAUCUUCAGCAGGACUAUAUGCAGUGUAUAUCACCCUUAUUCGCAAGAAAUUAAACGAUGAAGAUGGAAAGAACGGUGAAGCCAGUAUGGCUCAGUUUCUUGGAUUUCUUGGGCUUUUCAAUGCUUUGCUUUUUCUUCCAGUUGCCCUUAUACUCAAUUUCACCAAGACUGAACCUUUUCAUAUGCUUACUUUGAAGCAGCUUGGUCUGAUUAUUGGCAAAGGAUUACUGGACAAUGUGCUGAGUGAUUACUUAUGGGCCAAGGCUGUUCUUCUUACAUCAACCACAGUAGCUACAGCUGGACUCACAAUUCAAGUCCCAUUGGCUGCCAUUGUCGAUACCUUCACUGGAAAUUCUCCUCCCAUCAUGGAUUACCUUGGAGCAGUAGCCGUUAUGAUUGGCUUUGCAGGAAUCAAUAUUCCGGCCGAUACUUUUAGCAAAUCAACAGAAUCUAGUGCUGUGGAAUUGAAAAAUGAGGAUGUGAGUAUAAGGGAUGAAGAACAUGCCUUGCAUGUAACACAAGAUUCUACUGCUGUACUGUAGCAUGUAUGUACAUUGUAUUCUUUUUAGUUAUUAGUUCUAGUGCAAUAUUUUUCGUUAGGACCAAAUUUGUUGCAAUAACGGAAUGUACUAUACAAAAAUAGAUCGUUACAAGAGUACAUAGAUAUUAAUGAAAAUAAGCUCAAUCCAUUGAUAAAUGAUAAAUAUGAUGAAUUGUAGUCAA